UCUGCUCUGGUCCGCUUAACGGGUCAAGGAAUGGGGUCAUUUUCGCGGGGUGAAGGGUUCCUCCCGGAAAGGGGAAUGGUGCCUGUUGUCCCGGGUCCCGCACCUCUCCCAGAUUCCCACACGUACACUGCUCAGCAAGUGGGUGGCCCCGGCGCUGCCUGAUCCGUUACCGGACCGGUAGAGGGAAGGGGUCCUGAUUGUACCUGCGUCGCGGAACAGGGCCGGCAGUCACGUGACUGGCAGCGGCCGGCGCCUCGGAGCGAGGAGGAGGCUGCAGGGGGAGGGGAAGCCCGGACUCCCCUUGGCCAGGCCGGCCGGCCCCGCCGCCAUGGGCAUUAAAUUUUUAGAAGUUAUUAAGCCUUUCUGUGCAGUUUUACCUGAAAUCCAGAAGCCUGAAAGAAAGGAUGCAGUAUUCCAGUAGGGGUCACACCAGUGUCAAAUAAGAGAUCCAGUUCAGAGAGAAAGUACUAUGGACAGCUAUCACACUAUUCAUUUUCUUAGUGUGCUGUCAGAUCCCUUUGUUCGGAAUCAUGUCAUCAGACUCUGCAGAUCCUUUCUAUUGGAUGAGAGUCAUUCUUGCAUCAAACAGAGGGACUUUGAUGGAGUUGGGUAUCUCGCCCAUUGUGACAUCUGGUUUGAUCAUGCAGCUGUUAGCUGGUGCCAAGAUCAUUGAAGUUGGUGAUACACCAAAAGACAGAGCUCUUUUCAAUGGAGCCCAGAAAUUGUUCGGGAUGAUUAUAACCAUUGGGCAGGCCAUUGUGUACGUCAUGACUGGGAUGUAUGGAGAUCCUGCUGAAAUGGGUGCUGGAAUUUGUCUCCUUAUCAUAAUUCAGUUGUUUGUUGCUGGUUUGAUUGUGCUGCUGUUAGAUGAGCUGCUGCAGAAGGGUUACGGCUUGGGGUCUGGUAUUUCCCUCUUUAUUGCUACCAACAUCUGUGAAACCAUUGUCUGGAAGGCCUUUAGUCCCACUACCAUUAACACUGGCAGAGGAACGGAGUUUGAGGGUGCGGUGAUUGCAUUAUUCCAUCUUCUGGCUACACGAACUGACAAAGUCCGUGCUUUGCGUGAGGCUUUCUACCGACAGAACUUGCCCAAUCUCAUGAAUCUGAUUGCUACAGUAUUUGUGUUUGCUGUGGUCAUAUAUUUUCAGGGAUUUCGUGUUGAUUUACCUAUCAAGUCUGCUCGAUACCGUGGACAGUACAGUAGUUAUCCCAUCAAGCUCUUCUAUACCUCCAACAUUCCCAUCAUUCUUCAGUCUGCCUUAGUUUCAAACCUCUAUGUCAUUUCCCAGAUGUUGUCUGUUCGAUUUAGUGGCAACUUCUUAGUAAACUUACUAGGACAGUGGGCAGAUGUCAGUGGUGGUGGCCCUGCUCGCUCUUACCCAGUUGGUGGUCUCUGCUAUUACCUAUCUCCCCCAGAAUCCAUGGGUGCUAUAUUUGAGGAUCCUGUCCACGUAAUUGUUUACAUCAUUUUUAUGUUGGGAUCCUGUGCAUUCUUCUCCAAGACAUGGAUUGAGGUGUCUGGUUCAUCAGCAAAAGAUGUUGCUAAGCAACUGAAAGAACAGCAAAUGGUGAUGAGAGGCCACAGGGAUACAUCGAUGGUUCAUGAGCUUAAUAGGUACAUCCCUACAGCAGCUGCAUUUGGUGGCUUGUGCAUUGGUGCCCUCUCAGUAUUAGCAGACUUUCUUGGAGCCAUUGGAUCAGGCACUGGCAUCCUGCUUGCGGUCACCAUUAUUUAUCAGUAUUUUGAAAUAUUUGUAAAAGAACAGGCUGAAGUUGGAGGAGUGGGUGCUUUAUUUUUCUAAAUGUCCAAAUAUUUCACGAUUUGCUUGAAAGGGAAAGUAUCUUGACAACAUGCCUCAGUCAGUCCAAUAAUGCUGUCUUCUUUUUCUUUGUUUUCAAGUGCUAAGUCCCAUUAUCAUAAUGGGCAUUGAGCAAUGCCUGUGUGCAGCAUCAGUACCAGCUGCCUUAAGAAUAAAGUUUACAUUAUCUUGUUUAAGUAGAUCUAGUGUUGCCUGUAAUGCUGGAAAUCAAUGCAUCUACUUUGCUGUUCAGACACUACAGUGAGAUGGUAAAAUGUAAGAGAUUGAUUAUUAGUAAACAUUUUGCACACAGCGUUAAGAUCUUAAAUUGAUUUUCCCAUUUUUAGUCAGAAACAAAUACCAGAGUGCAGAUUGCCACAUGCCAAUAUUCUUGAGCUUAUUAAAUAAGUUCUUGACCGAAUUUGUAUGUAAUCUAUAUUUUGCAUAAAUUACUUUUUAUACUUUUUUAACGUGCAUUUCCCCAUCAUUGUGCUUCAGCAUUACCUAUUCAUUUGUGUUGUCUCCACUUGGGCACCCAACUCCUAGCCAUGAGGGUGGACGAACAUUUUACCUGAGAUUGCUACUCAUCUCACCUGUGAAUUGGUUCUGCUGUAUGUGCAAGGCCCAGAGAGCACUUCCAUUCUCAGCCCUGGGCUUCCCGCAUGUAGGUGCAGUCAUGCCACCAGGUUGGCCUAUACCUUUUGUAUUUAACAAGUACUUGUGAAAACUGUGCCACUGAAACUUCAUGUCCACUUUGCUUUUGUGAUUCUGAAGGACAGAGGCCUGCUUCCUAAAGCAGUGUUUGGAAUCGGGAGAUGGGGGAAAUGAGCAAUUCCUGUUGAAAAAUUAUUUAUGUUGUCGUAGUUUACAACGGCAAUGUAACAAGUAUAAACAUUAGACAAUAAACUUAUUUAAUUAAAUUCUG